CCGUAGUCGCAGCUUUAUGACGUAAACACAUAGGGUGACCGUGAGCUGUUUAUGUUGAAAGAAAAAGAAACGUGGUGGGAGAAAGUAUGAAUCUAUCCGUGUUAAUACAGAGCCUUCGGUGCUCUUUGCUACGGAUUGAAAGCAGAUUAUUGCAGGCGAGUGGACUCGAAACCAACCUGGCCCCAGCGCUGGCAGUGGACGGCCCCAGCCUCCCUCCUCAGCUCCACCCGGAGAACCAGCUGGAAGAGCAGCAGGAGAGCCAGGAGCAGCCCACUGGCCUCCUGGACAGCAUCCUCUGGAUGGCAGCACCAAAGAAGAGGCGCACCAUAGAGGUCAACCGCACCAGGAGGAGAUCUGAAAGCAAACUUAUUAAAGUGAAGAACAACAUCGAGCCGUGUCUGGAGUGCGGCCACCUGAAGCAGAAGCACACCCUGUGUGGGUUCUGCUACGCUAAAGUGAGCAGAGAGACGGCUCUGAUUCGUCAACAGAUAAAUGCGAUGGAAGGCGGCCCGCUGAGGGCCCCAACCGUGGAGACUGUGGUCCUGUAUGAGGGGGAAACGCCAAGCAACCAGGAUAAAGACAAGAGGAUAGUGGAGAGACCCAGGAAGAGACCCGCUUGGUUCAGUUACUAAGACUCGGCCGCUGGUGUCAGCUGAAGACUGAGAAGGAAUAUUUCAGUUUAUCAAUAAGUCAAUGUGAGAUGUGGGUGGGUCUGUUUUCUCUCCAAAGAUUUAACUCAAUGGAAUUUGUAUAUAUUUUUAAGAAUUCAGCUGCAUUUAUGGAUAUUGUUCAUUAUUAUCAAUUGUAGAUGUUACUGUGCAAACAUGACACAUUGUUAAUGCUUGGAUCAUUUUCAUACAUAUUCUGUCCUUCAACUUGUUAGCAAUUCUGAUUUUUCAAGUUUGUGAGCUGACUGGGAGUCUUUAGAAGCAGCAAUAACUUCUUCCAGCUGAAUCCUUUUUGAAUUGACACAAUAAAGAUGUCUACAUUUUCCUUGAA